AUGGCAGAAUCGGCCGACUCGACCCUGCUGGGCGUUGACGCAUCCCACCGCAAGAUUAUUGUGGGCAUUGAUUAUGGCACCACAUUCACAGGAGCGAGUUAUGUCAGUUCUCGGGGAUUGUCGCUAGAAAAUAUCACCGUCAUCAAAACAUGGCCAGGGAAUGCGCGCAACAUUGAUACUGUGUCCAAAACACCAUCCCGGAUUGCAUACGCCACCGAAAAUGGAAAAGCUGCCAGAGACCUCUGGGGUUACCAGGUCCCGCCUGGGAUGGUUGCAUACUCUUGGACAAAGCUUCUACUGGACAAAAAUACGGCGCUGACGGCGUAUGAUGACACAGCUCUUGAAGAGGCUUCGGCAGCUGGCAUCUUGCGUCUCCCGACCGGGAAAUCAGCAGUCGAUGUGGCGGCCGACUAUCUGACCCAUAUCUACCAACACAUCAAAUUUACCCUUGCCCGCCACAUCACGCAGCAAGAUCUAGAUAUCACACCCCUCGAGUUCUGGUUUACUGUCCCCGCAAUCUGGUCCGAUCAAGCCAAGAAUGCCACCCGCACAGCUGCGCAAAGAGCAGGAUUUUGGUCAAGCCCGGACAGACCUUUCGACCGGUUGUACUUCAUCAGCGAGCCUGAAGCGGCCGCAAUUACAGCGCUUAAAAAGUAUACCGAUGAGAGUAUUGGAGGCUCUGUCCAGGUUGGAGACGGCGUGCUUAUCUGUGAUUGUGGCGGUGGGACUGUGGUAGGUUCCUUGUUACUCAAACUCAAGUUCGAAGAGCUGUUGACUGGUAUUGGAGGGAAAUGCGGUUCUACGGCAAUCGAUCGUAACUUCUACAAGCUCAUGUCCCACAGAUUUGGUAAGGCAUUCGAUAAUUUGCCAGUAUCUGCAAAGGGCCCAGGAAGCCACUUCAUGAAUAGGUUCGAGGUCAUCAAGAAGGAUUUUGGCAAUUCAUGUUUUCUCGACAUACUCGAAUUGCCUCUGAACAUGACUUUGCCAAAAGCAAAAAGCAGCAAGCACUUCGACGCAGAUGAACGCCUAGUUAAGAUCACAAGCGAUGACUUGCGCGCUAUCUUCGAUCCUGUGGUCAAUCAGAUUAUCAGUCUGGUGCAGCGACAGAUCACCGACGCCCGCAACUUCGGCGGUAGAGAGAUGAUCAAUAGAAUCAUACUCGUCGGUGGAUUCGGCGAGUCGGAAUACCUUCGAAGAGCCCUCGUGUCAACAUUCGAGACUACGGGCAAGAUUGCCGUCACGAUCCCCGAUAACCCGCAAGCGGCUAUCCGGUGUCGGCGCCACUAUGGCUUUGACUGGGCCAUCGAUUUCCGUGAAGGUCACGAUGACGAAAGACACACCUAUAUUGAUUUGUUCGAUGGCAAAAAAAGGGUCCGUGGUAUCAUGAAGUGGAUGAUCGCUAAGGGUGAAAAAUACGCCGAGGACUACAAGCAAACUGUAUACAUCCAGUGGACACACCGUAAAUGUGACAACCUGAGAAAACGUGACGAAUUUUACGCUUGUGAUCAAAUGCUGGCCCCGGAACGAUCAGACGAUGCCGGUGUCUACAAGGUCGGUUCUAUUGUGGUUGACUUCACCCAAGUCGACCUCUCUCAAUUUGCCGUCCAGAAGAAGAACGGGCAGAAAGUCUACAAUUUGGAAUACAAUAUUAGGGUUACAUUUGGCGCGCAUUAUGGAUUGUUGAAAUUUGAGGCAACCUGUCAAGGGAAGACUAUUGGCAAAACGAGCAUCGAGUUCACAGCGACCUGACUGACUCUUUGACUGGUCUGACGAGUGUGGCCUCACUCUCUUAUCUCCCAGGCUACUGUGAGAACUCGAGAUUGUUGAUCAUAGAGUGAGAGAGUGGCUAUAUCAUCUUAGCAAGAGUCUAAGUGCUCACGAAUCUCAAAAU